UCAGUUUAAAUGGUCAUCAGGUAAGAGCCUAUUUAGACUCGGGGGCACGACGGAAUCUGAUUACAUUGGAAUGCUCUCGUAAACUAAAUCUCAAUUUACAACCAUGCAACAUGUUUAUUAAUGGGCUUUACGGGCCACAAGUCAGUUGUUGUGAUCAAGUAUCGGUAGAGUUUAUUAUCGACGGGGUUAAAGUUAAAUCUGAAGCAUUGGUGGUCAACAUUCCCCUGAAAGGAGCCGAUGUCUUUGUAGGUCAGCCAGUUCUUAAUAAUGGUCUGUACAGGUUAGUUAUUCAAGGAUCAACGGUUACCUUCGAGAGGAGUAAGCAGGAGCCUGCCAACGAGGAGAUAGUCCAUAUAAGUUCGAUUUGUGCAGAUGCAGAGGUUUCAAAGGUAAGAUUGGUCUGUUCUUCAGAUACGGUUAUUCCUGCUAAUACGGCUCAAUUUGUGGAGACUGAUAGUAACGAAAUUCUUCAAGAUUCCACUGUAUUGUUUGUGGAUACUCGCUCUUGUAGGUUUAAUGAUGUAGAGUACAGCAUUCCCUCUUCUCUUUACUGUGCUCCAGUUAAUUCUGUCUUUGUUAUAAAUCAGGGUACGAAUCCUUUGGCUUUUAAAAAGGGGCAACUGCUAGUUAGAGGGUAUGUAGUGGAAGAAACAUCCGUGUCUGCUCCUCGAGGAACAGAUGUAUUGGUAAAUUCGAUAAUGAAAGUAGACGUUAGUAAGAUUAAAUGCGGGAUUCAGGAUCCAUCGGUUUUAAAUAAAUUGAGUCAGAUUUUGCAAGAAUUUUCGGAUUGUUUUUCAGAGGACACGCGUGAAUUGGGAGUUACGAACAAAAUCGAACUUAACAUUGAGCUAAAUUCCGAUAAGCCGGUAUGUUACAGGCCUUAUAGGUUAUCUUACUCUGAGAAGACCGUGAUGAGGGAGAAGAUUGAGGAUAUGUUGUCUAAUGGAAUCAUUAGGGAAUCCACCUCCAAUUACGCGAGCCCAAUUAUCCUGGUACGUAAGAAAAAUGGAGAUUUUCGUCUUUGUGUAGACUUUAGGAAACUUAACAGCAUAACAGUGAAGGACAAAUAUCCUUUGCCGGUUAUAGAGGAGCAUAUCGAAAAGUUAGGUGAAAAAAAAUAUUUUACAAGCCUCGAUUUGUCUCAAGGGUUUUAUCAGAUUCCGGUAGCUAAAGACGAUAUUCAUAAAACUGGUUUUGUAACACCUGAAGGGCAUUACGAAUUCCUUCGGAUGCCAUUCGGCCUCGCGAAUUCACCUGCAGUUUUCCAGCGGUUAAUGGAUCGUAUAUUCUCAACUCUGCGCCAUGACAAGGUUUUGCCUUAUAUUGAUGAUGUGCUGCUCCCUACAAACUCCAUAGAGGAAGGUCUUGAUCUUUUGAAGGUAGUAUUGCAAAUAAUUAGAGAUGCAGGGUUGACUUUGAAUCUGGAGAAAUGCUUCUUUUUGCAAACAAAAAUUGAUUACUUGGGCUAUGAAAUCUGUGAGGAAGGUAUCAGACCAGGUAGUAAAAAAAUCGACGCAGUGUUGGCGUAUAAGGAGCCGACUAACAUUCAUGAGCUGCGUAUGUUCCUGGGGCUCACCAGUUACUUCAGAAAGUUUGUCCAAAACUAUGCAGGUAUUGCUUAUGAUCUAUACAGGUUGCUGCAGAAAAAUGUUGGCUGGGAGUGGGGCCCACAACAACAAAAAGCUUUCCAGGAGUUGAAAAAGGUAUUAACAACUCGUCCUCUUCUCUCUCUCUUUCGCCGAGAAGGCGAUAUCGAGGUUCAUACAGAUGCCAGUAGCAGAGGAUUAGCUGGUAUUCUACUUCAAAAGCAAGACGGUAAUUUAAAACCCAUAUCCUACUUUAGUCGAAAAACGAGCAAAGAAGAAUCGAUGUAUCAUUCUUACGAGCUCGAAACCUUGGCAGUCGUGGAGUCUUUAAGACGGUUCCGAAUUUACCUGGUAGGUAACCAUUUUAAAGUGGUCACAGAUUGCUCUGCAGUGCGUUACACUUUCCAGAAAAAGGAUUUAACUCCAAGAAUAGUACGAUGGUGGUUACUUAUUCAGGAAUACGACAUGGAAGUAGAACAUAAACCUGGUAAGUCCCAUAGUCACGUAGACGCCCUCAGCAGAAGUCCGGUCGAGCCUCCGCAAGUAAUUGAUAUCAACACUAUUGAUGUCUUCGAUUGGAUUGUCUGUCUUCAAAAUCAGGAUGAAAAGAUUCGUAUCAUCAAAACCAAACUGGAAUCAGGUGAGGCCGAACCCGAUAUUAAAAACAAUUAUAAGUUAAAAGAAGAGCGGUUGUAUAGAGUUAUUGCAGGUGAUUGUCUGUACAAGAGGAGUCAGUAUGGGCGAGCUGAGGGUGAACUUCACCCGAUUGAGAAGAUAGCAGAGCCACUUCAUACAGUGCACAUUGAUCAUCUGGGACCGUUCUGCAAGAGCCGUGCAGACUCAUUAAAUACCAGCGUGGAAAACGAGAGAGACUGGGAUAUGAAGCUGUCUGAGGUGACUUGGGGUAUGAACAAUUUACAUAGUUCAUCUACUGGAUUUACUCCUUUCAAACUAAUGUUUAGCGCAAGCCGUAGCAGAUAUCAAGCAAUAGCAGGAAAUUCCUUCGACGACGAACAAACUGCGGAGCAAACUCGGUGCACUGCAUCAGGUAAUCUUAAAAGAACGGCAGAGGUCAUGCAAAAACAUUUUAAUGCAAAGCGGAAACGACCAACGAAGUACAAGGUAAAUGAUUUAGUACUGUGGAAAGGCGCGGCUGAUAGAAACAUUAACGUGAGGCGGAAACUGAAAGAAAAAUUCAGUGGACCAUAUAAGAUUACAAAAGUGGCAGAGUCGCAAAGUCGUCAGGAUGGACGAGUGUCAAUAACGGCCAUAGAAGUCUCUCGAGCAGCAAAUAGAUGGCGCAACGGUUGCGUCGAUGGAGCAACGUCACUGCCAUCAACACGUCACACCACUCCGUUUCUAUCAUGGCCGCAAGAGGGCACUCGCUUGUCGCAACUAUGGCGCCAGCAUUCCUACCAAACGGACCAAUCAGCGACGUUCGUACCAAUCACGCCACUGGAACCUCGCAACGUGAUUAGCCGAGGCAACUGUAACCAGAUUAUUGGAGGGGAGUUCGUUAUCCAGCCGUUUGAAAAUUUAGACCGACGCGGCCAUUACGCUUGGAACUUUGGUAGCGAAAACAACUGUAAAUUGGUUGUUGGAUAG